AAAUAGAAACUGGCGUUGAAAAAGAAGAAGAGGAGGAGCAUGACUUGCAAGCGGCUAUUUCAGCACAUCAAGCAGCUGUUACAACAGGUGCAAAAAUAGAGACUUAUAUUCCUACUCCUGAUGCAUCUAGUACAAUUGAUAAAAAGCAAUAUGAACUACUCUAUAAAAAGAAAUUUAAGGAGCCUUCUACACUAAUUCGAUUUUCGUCUACAGUUGAAGAUAUAAGUGGAUGCCCCUAUGUUAUGGAUGAAUUGGAUGAAAUAUUUUUAAAUAAAUAUAAUACUGAUCAUACUACAUUAUCUGAAGAUGAUUUUGAAAAAAUUAUGUAUACAAUUGAAUCUAUAACUAAAGAAAAAUUACCACAUCUUCAUUUGGAUAUAUCACAUAUUCCUGAUUUUAAGCAUUUUAUGGAGUUGGUACCAGAAUCUUCUUUUUUACAUUCACGUGCUGUUAUCCUACUUGAGCCUAUCUUUAAUCAUUGGAGAAAACGUAAACAGGAUCGUACUGGUGAAUCUAUUAUACCAGAAUUAAAAUUUGAAGAUCUUGUAAAAAAUGAAAUCGAUCCAUAUGUUUGUUUCCGUCGUCGUGAAACAAAACCUGUGCGAAAGACAAGACGUUCUGAUCAACAAUCUUUAGAAAGGUUAAGAAAGUUACGCUCUGAGAUGGAAAUGGCAAGAAAUCUAUUAGAAAUGGUUUUACGUAGAGAAAAGAUUAGAAAAGAAAGCAUGAUACUUGAGCAUACUGUCUUUGAUAAAAGGUGUAAAUUACGUGAAUAUCAAAGAAUACUUGGUAUUAAAGAAGAUGAUGAUUUACUAUUUCAAUCUAAAAAGAAACGUAAAGCUUCUAUCGGAUCUGGUGCUACAAUUAAAAUUCCUUUACAUAGACUUAAGAGAGAUGUAGCCCAUAUUGAAAAAUCUCCUGCUCAAAUAGCAAUAGAAGCAGAUUUAGCAAAGAAAAAGAAAAUGGAUGCGCCUUAUGAAGAUGUUACAGAAUGUUCUUACCAGCCAUUUCCUAUGUCAUUACCUUUUCAAUUCUUUCAGCCUAUGUCCAAUGGUGUUCAAUAUAGAAAACGUAUUGGACGUGGGGGUCGUAUCUUUAUUGACCGUACCAGUUACAGAAAACCAUUUACAUUUGGAAAAACUAAACCAGGUUCAAGUUAUGAACAGGAUAUAAUUGAUAAAUAUAAAUAUGAUUCAGACUUGAAUAUGGAAGAUUCUGAUAUUGAAAUAGAUGAAAUGAAUGAUAGUUAUCUGAAGCACAGAACUCAACUUCUUUCCGAAAUUGAACUCCGAAGCCUAGUAACAGUACCCUUUUUAACCCCAAUGAAUAUGAUGAAUAUUCAAGCGGUUAAAGUAAAGCAGGCUGCCACUGUUGCUAAUAAUGCUGCUGCUGCUGCUGCUGCUGCCGCUGCUGCUUCGUCUCAAAGACUAUCAAUUGCUACAGGUGCUUCUGCUUUAGAAAGUAAUGCAAAUAAUAGUCGUGCUUCCUCUCCAAAUAAUGUUUCAGCACAUCCCAUUAAAAAACAAAUGAGUCGAUCACGUAUGACCCCUCAGCAGGCUGCUGUUGCUAUGGCUAAUGGAAUGAUUGCUGCAAAUAUGGCUGCUGUAGUAAAUGGAUCACCUAGUCAAAGUCGAACUGCUGUACAAAUGGCUCUUGUGGCUGCUCAACAACGACAGCAACAGCAACAGCAGCAGCAGCAGCAGCAACAACAACAACAACAACAAAGAGUGAAUAUGAGUAAGGAAAUCACUUCGCCAGCUCCAUAAAAAAAAA